UUGGUUUGCCCAAACAUUAUAUUUCUUCUUCUUAUAAAUAGGAACACUCGUUACCAUCCUCUCUUCAAACAUCAUCAUCAGCUUGGAGUCUUAUUCAAUAGAAUAGAGCCUUGUUUUCAUUUAAAACCUUCUUAUUUUUAAUUACCAUUUUUUCACUAUACACAGUAUAAAUAUAAUGGCAUCGAGUUCAAUGUCAUCUUCAGGGUCAUGGAGUGCUAAGGACAAUAAGGCCUUUGAAAGGGCAUUGGCGGUUUAUGAUAAGGACACCCCUGACCGUUGGUACAACGUUGCUCGCGCCGUUGGCGGAAAAACUCCCGACGAAGUUAAGCACCACUACGCACUUCUCCUCCGAGAUGUUGGCUACAUAGAAUCUGGGCAAGUGCCAUUUCCAAAGUACAAGACAAAUGGAGGCUCUAAUUAGCUCAAAAAGGUCAAAGCUGGAAAACCUGAAGCUCAAUUGACCAACUGGCAUUAACAACAAAGAAUUCAUGCGUUUUUUCUUUGCAAAGCAACAAUUAUAGGACCAUAUAGGUCAAUAGGUGUAAUUGUAUUGCAAGUAAUAUAGCAAUGGACUAUAGAUCAUAAGAAUAUGUCCAUCGAUUCCCCGUUCUAGUUUAAUUUAUUAUCCAUCAAGCAAGAAUAAUCAAAUAUGCUGGUUCAAACCAUUAAUAAAGAUGUAAUUAUUUUUUAUGCA